UCAAUUUUGAUUUGUAAAUAAUAGGUAUUUUUGAAAAAGUCCCUAGUCUAUUUCGUUUAAAAUAAUUGUGGUGAAACGAAUAAGAAUUCUUGUAAGUCUGCGGAAUACGGCUGCAUUUAGCUGUGCACAUAUCAAGCAUUGAAGUUUCUAAUAAAAAAAACUAUAGCUAAUUUAUAGCAGCAAACAGUUGUGAUGUAGAAAAAUACCAUAUAAACAAAGACAUUUUAAAAUGCAGUGGCAAUGGGAAUAUAUAUGUGGUCCCCAGGGUCUGACACCAUGGAACGAUGCAACAAAAGAUUUCGGACGAUGCUUCCAAGAAUUAUUUUUACAAAUACCAGUUUUCUUCUGCAUUGCAGUUAUAUCAGGCUAUUAUGUUGGCUACAGAAAAGAUUGGGUGGUUCGCGACAAAACACAAGAAAGGGCAUUAGUACUGCGAAGUUUUGCAGUACUAGCCUUAGUGUUCAUUCCCAUGAUUGAGCUGUAUGUUUACAUUACCCAACCGGGCUCUGUUUUGUACCCUGUCAACUAUUUCUAUGCUGGCUCGUCAUGCCUAGCGUGGUUGUUCCACUUCGGGUAUGUUUUGGCAUUAAAACACAGACUGGGACAGAGUUGCCGUGGCCCUACUUCUCAGCUGUUUAUGUGGACAUUAGCAGUGGUUGUCAACGUAUUGUCAAUUCGGAGCAACUUACUGUCUGGGACCGCCAUGGGUUUCAACAUUGCUACACUGUGCUGUCAUGUUCUAUAUUUCAUGACUCUUCUACCGUCAAGUAACUCAAGAGCUACAUUCUACUCACCCUGUCUGGUUGGCUCUCAACAUUCACAUAGUGAGUACACACCGCUGCUACCACACAUGGAUGAAGGUAUAUUAGGAACAGCAAUGCAAAGCGCGGGUGCAAUAUCUCGAUUAACAUUUUCAUGGGUUUAUCCCCUACUUCAAAAAGGAAUGGAGAACAAACUGAAUGACCCAGAGGAGCUGUUUGAUGUACCAGCCAAGUAUUGUUGUUCGUAUGUGGGAGCACGCAUGGACCGAUCACUAAUAGGCAAUGUGGACAACUAUCAGCAGUAUGAGGAGGUGCCUCAUGAACCUUUCAUAGGCUCAGGUUAUGGGGCAACAGGAGAAACUGCACCCCAAGCAUCAACCCCCGUGACACCCACCACGCGAGUGUUGGUCCGCUCCCCGCGCCGACAGAACGUCACACUGCUGAGGGCUUUGCAUUCAUGUUUCGGUGUACAGUUUUAUAGUAUUGGAAUACUCAAAUUGAUUUCCGACAUGGCAGGCUUCGCAGGCCCGAUACUACUCAACUAUCUUAUCAAAUUCGUCGAAGACGAAAGUAUUGAUCAACAUUUAGGUUAUGUAUAUGCAGGAUCUCUCCUGGGUACUACUCUAAUAGCUACAUUUUUCAAUGUUCAUUUCAACUGGUGGAUGUCGAUAGUUGGGUUGAAGAUGCGCGGCGCCAUCGUCGCUACCAUCCUCAGGAAGACACUUAGCGUCACUUCUACGGAAUUAAGUAAUGUGUUCUCAAUUGGAGAGAUAACUAAUUUUAUGUCAACUGAUACUGAUAGGAUUGUGAAUUCCUGUCCAAGUUUUCAUGCACUGUGGAGUAUUCCCUUACAGUUGUUUAUAACAUUAUUCCUUCUAUAUCAACAAGUGGGCGUAUCUUUCCUUGCUGGUGUGGCUUUUUCAGUAAUUCUAAUACCCAUAAACAAAUUGAUUGCAAACAAAAUUGGACAACUUAGCACUGAACUCAUGACUCACAAGGACACUCGCGUCAGUCUGAUCAGUGACUUGUUGAAAGGCAUUAGAACUGUAAAAGUACAUGUUUGGGAAGAUUACUUUAUCAACAGAGUAUCAGAGGCACGUAAUCAAGAGCUUAAAUACUUGCGUGGACGUAAAUACUUGGACGCGAUUUGCGUGGUGUUGUGGGCGACCACGCCCGUGCUCGUGGCUGCCUUCACGCUCGGCACGCACUCGCUCAGGGGACUACCACUCGACGCUCCCACUGUAUUCACAACAGUGGCACUUAUUAACAUGUUAAUAGCACCACUUAAUGCCUUCCCCUGGGUGCUGAAUGGGUUAACAGAAGCGUGGGUCUCCAUAAAACGUAUUCAGAAACUACUUGAUCUUUCAGAUAUGGACGCUGAGCUCUAUUAUGAUCGUCUUAAUAAAAACCAUGACGAAGAUAAAAUAAUAAUAUUCAAAAAUGCUACGUUUGCUUGGGCCAAGCCGUCAAAGAGGAAAAAACCGCCAAAGAAAUCUAAGAAAAACAAAGGAAAGUCUAAGAAAAGAUUAUCCAGGGGUAGCAUACAAAGAAGAGAUUCCACGUCUUCGUCUGAACAGUUGAUGCAGGAUGAGCCUUUCUCACUGAAGGACAUUUCUUUAGAGAUCGGAAAUGAAGAGCUGAUCGGUGUGACCGGCGCUGUCGGCAGCGGCAAGACCUCGUUACUGCACGCGAUCCUCGGAGAUAUGCUCAAGAAAAAUGGUAGUCUGCAGAUACCAGAUAACUUGACCAGUUUCGGAUAUGUAUCUCAGAAGCCAUGGCUGAUACGCGGGACAAUCCGUGAUAAUAUUUUAUUUGGCAAGCCUUAUGAGGAAGCCAAAUUCCGGAGUGUAGUUGAUGCUUGUGCACUAACCGAGGAUUUGAACGUACUCGGGUGGAACGCAUACGUUGGCGAAGGCGGUUGCACGCUAAGUGGCGGACAACGAGCGCGCAUCGCCCUAGCGCGGGCCGUCUACCAAGAUAAAAAAGUGUACCUAUUGGACGACGUACUGGCGGGUGUGGACACGACUGUUGGGCAACAUAUAAUGCAGCGCUGUAUACUGGGCUUGUUACGUCACAGCACGCGAGUGCUGGUCGCGCACUCGCCGCGCCACCUCGCGCGCACCGCCUACACCGUGCUCAUGCGCGACGGACGCAUCGUCAGACAAGGCCCUCCCGAAACUGUAUUGAAUGACAUCGAGGAGUUCAUGCCUAGCGAGUCAGAAUCAUUGGGCGAAGAGCCGCCGCAGGCGCCCGAGCCACAGCGUGACAAUCAAGAUACUGUCAGCAGGAACAGUCUAGAUGAUGACGAGACAAUGUCCGAAGGGACUGUUGGCUGGUGGGUCAUCGGACUAUACCUACGAUCUAUCGGAGUAUUCCUAUCUAUUGCAAUAAUAUUGUCGUUGAUACUCAUGCAGCUUUCACAAAACUUUACAUUCCUUUGGCUCACGUACUGGGUCAAAAACAAAACGAAAAAUUCGACUGCAUUACAUACUGUUGAAUUUUUGGAACAUCCUACGGAGAAGACUUCUAUUUUAGAUCAUGGAGUAAUAGCAAUAGAUAACGUCAUACACACCGCUAUAAAUGCAGCAAUGGACUUCUUAGGAAACAAAAAUACUACGAACGCAACUGCAAUACAAGAACCCCCAAAGUCUACAGUAACCGAUCUAAUGGCAAAUGUCACGCCGAGUUAUACGGACAACUUCUACCUGGAAGUGUACUUCGGCUUGGCGGGGUUGAAUCUAGUAUUUACAAUCAUGAGAGCAUUCCUGUUUGCUUAUGGCGGUGUCAAAGCGGCUAACAGGAUCCACAAGAUUCUGCUUAAAGUUAUUGUCAAGGCAAAAGUGAAGUUUUUCGAUGUGACACCGGUGGGCCGCAUCGUAAACAGAUUUUCUUCUGAUACCUACACUGUGGAUGAUUCGUUGCCUUUUAUUUUGAACAUUUUAUUGGCCCAGUUAUUUUCUUUGAUUGGCGCGAUAGCAGUGACUCUGUACGGGCUGCCGUGGCUGGCGGUGGCAGUGGUGCCACUGACGUUCGCGUACUUCUGGCUGCAGCGCGUGUACCGCGUCACGUCGCGACAGCUCAAGCGUCUGCAGAGCGUCACGCUGUCGCCCGUCUACACGCACUUCAAUGACACCCUCGAAGGUGCGGACACGGUGCGCGCGCUGGGCGCGGGCGGCGCGUGGGGCGCGCGCGGCGCGGAGCUGGUGGAGGCGUGGCAGCGCGCGGCGCUCAGCGCGGCCGCGGCGCAGCAGUGGCUGGCGCUGCGUCUGCAGGCCGCCGCCGCCGCCGUCGUCGCCGGCGCCGCACUACUCGCCGUGCUGCAGCGGGCGCUACACGCCGCUGAUCCCGGUCUUAUUGGUCUCGCUAUAUCGUACGCUUUGUCCAUGACUUCUAUGCUGAGCAACCUACUGAACUCGUUUACGGAGACGGAACGAGAGAUGAUCGCCGUAGAGCGAGUCGGCGAAUACAUCAAGCUGGUGGAAAGCGAAACUAUUGAUGGUGAAUCGCCGCCAUAUGGCUGGCCUUCUCAGGGUGUAAUAGAAUUCGAAGACGUAUACCUAAAAUAUAGCGGUCGCGAGGACGGCGUGAUGGCGCUGAAGGGCGUGACGUUCGCGACGCACCCGGGCGAGAAGCUGGGCGUGGUGGGGCGCACGGGCGCCGGCAAGAGCUCGCUGCUCAGUGCGCUGCUGCGCCUCGCGCCGCUCGCACGCGGCCGUCUGCUGCUCGACGGCGUCGACAUCUCCGCGCUGCAUCUGCACGCGCUCAGAUCUCGGAUCGGGGUCAUCCCUCAGGAGCCCUUCAUAUUCUCGGGCAGCAUCCGCGAAAACAUAGAUCCGUUGCGGCAGUACUUGGACGCGGAGGUGUGGCGAGCACUGGAAGCAUGCGGCGCUCGCGAGCUGGUGACGCAGCGCGGCGGCCUGCACGCGCCCGCCCGCGCCGCGCAGCUCGCGCGCGGGCACGCGCAGCUGCUGUGUGUCGUGCGAGCUUUGCUACACCGCCCCAAGAUAUUGCUGGUGGACGAAGCAACCGCCAAUUUAGACCAGGAAGCAGAGCGGCUGAUCCUGGACGCAAUCCGCUGUUCGUUCGGCGGGUCGACGGUGUUGUUCGUGGCGCACCGGCUGGGCGGCGUGCUGGAGUGCGCGCGCGUGCUGGCGCUGGGCGGCGGCCGCGUGCUCGAGCUGCGCGCGCCCGACGACGCGCUCGCCGACCCCGACUCGCACCUUUACAGCCUCGUCUAUGGCGCGUAAAACCUCCACGCUUCUUACGUCCGUAGACGCUGCAUAUCAAACGAAAUCGCAUUCUAGAAAUUUCUAUCCGUACGGUUCUUGUCGAGUAGCUUUGCUUGUUCGAUUUGGCUACCAGUGACUUCGCAAUAGUCAAAAAUGUAUUAGCGAGCAAGUUUAUUAGAAAGAAACUUUACUCAAUUUAAUGUGAAAAAACUGACAUGACAUUAAGAAUAUUACCAGUGUGCUGGAUCAUAAUUAUGAUACAACAGCGUUGGUGAGACUGUAACCUUAUUCUAAAAUUGGAUGAAGUAUUCAUAGUUUUAUUCUUGAGCUUAUUAUUGCAAUUAUUAAAUGUAAGCACUUCGAUUUCCAAAUAUAAAAUCUAUAUAGGGCAGUAUUUAAAUAUUUUCAAAGUCAUGCAUUAGUAUUUAACUUGAUUUACCACUAUUUGACUACUAGUGGGCUAGAAAUAUAUUAUAAUUUAUAAAUUCGUAACACCGUAUGCCCACUGGACCUGGUUAUUUUUCCAAAGAUUCGUCGUUUUGUCUAAUUUCUCGUGUAUGAAAUAUCUUUUUCUUAAACAAUGUAUUUUGUGUAAAAUUUUGUGAUUUUAAUUGUAUAUUAAGAUAUUCCCAUCCAAUGACUGUAACUUAUGAACUGAAUUGAUUUUUAACUAAAAUAUAAAUCUAGUCGCAAAGACAAUAUUGUCUUGCCGAUUGUGAAUUUAAUUUUAUCAAAGUAUUAGUGUUGUCUUAGUUAUGAUAAUGCCAAUGUCAUAGUUCUAAUAUAUUUUUUUGCGCAAUUAUUAUAGUUCUUUUAAUAUCUAGGGGCCGUUAAAUGUUCGUGAAAAAGACGGUGCUAUUCGUAACGUAAAUAUGUACUCCCAAUUAUGCCAUCACUUUCUCACUACUUUUCAUAUCCUGACUAAAAAUCACAACCCCACAUUUGUGACUUUUAGUCUGGAUACAACUAUAGGUACAUGAGACUAAUGAGCUAAAAUAAUUUUCAAAAGUUAAAAAAAUCUUAAGUCUAGUUUUAGCGGCGAUUAUUCAUGAGAUCGUUCCUAUAAAUUAUACACUAUUACAGCGACCGUCGGCGUCGGCCCAACGUAUAGUCGCGGGCGCCGGCAUUUUGAAUGUCCUACCGGCUACUGACAAUUUGUAAAAUGUCACUCGCAACUGAACAAAUACCUCGAAUGCGUAUUAGAAUCAAUUAAAAAUGAAACAAAACAAAUCCUCAACUAGAAUUUAUUUUUGCGUUACUUUUAUGUUGAAGAAUAUCGCCGUCGUUUUAAGAACGUAUCAUACUUUUAGUGAAUGAUAAAAUUAAAUUUUGUGAUAUCGUUACUAAAUUAAUCGUUAAGUAAUUUUCGCAUUUAUGUUAAAGUUUUUGUAAAUAAUAAUUUGACUUCCAGAAUAAGAAUGUAAUAAUUGUUGUAUAAACUAACUAAAAGAUUUAA